AUGGCCUUCUUCCCCCGCAACUUUUACAACGCGGGCUCUGGCUCGGAGACCAGCUUUACCCCCCUCUUCCGCCUUCUCGAUGACUUUGACACAUACUCGCGCCAGGGUCAGUGUCAGCAGCGCGGCACCAUCGCCUUCCAACCCAAGUUUGACGUCCGCGAGGUCGAUGACGCCUACGAGCUCCACGGCGAGCUGGCCGGCCUAAACAAGAAGGAUGUUUCCAUCGAGUUCACGGACCCUCACACUCUUCACAUUCGCGGCCGCGUCCAGCGCUCCUACACGGCCGGCACUCCUCCCAAGGGCCUUCUUGAGGAUGCCGCCGCGAGCGGUGCCGGAACCGAGGGCAGCGACAAGCCUGAGCAGCCCGCCUCCGGACGCUCCUCGCCCAAGUUUCACAGGCCCACGGUCGAGGACGAGACCGACGAUGCUGACUCGACUGCCGCACCCACCCCAGCCUCGACCGUCGCCGAGGUCAGCAAGCCCGCCGCCGAGGAGGCCUCGACCCCCAAGGCCCGCGGCCCCCGCGACACCGCCAAGUACUGGGUCACCGAGCGCAGCAUCGGCGAGUUCAGCCGCACCUUCAACUUCCCCGGCCAGAUCCUCCAGGAUGCCGUCACCGCCAGUCUCACUGAUGGCAUUCUCACCAUUCGCGUGCCCAAGGCGCCGAAGCACGAGGCUCGCCGCAUCAACAUCAACUAA